AUGAUGGUCAUCCUGCUGCUGCUGCUGGUGGUGGUGGUGGCGGUGGCGGAGGCGACGGCGGUGCCUGCGGGCAGCACGGUGGUGGCUGGCAUGGUGUUCUGCGACCAGUGCAAGGACGGCGCCAGGGGACUCUUCGACUACCCGCUCUACGGCGCGCGCGUGGCCAUCCAGUGCGGCGGCGGCGACACCCCGCUGACGGUGCGGGAGAGCAACACCAACUGGUUCGGCGGCUUCUCCGUCCGCAUGGAGGGUUCCCCGGACAUGAACCGCUGCACGGCGCGCGUCGUCCAGGGGACGGGACACUGCGGCGCCGGAGCCGGAGCCGGAGGCGGGGGAGCGCCGCGCGAGCUCACCCUCGCCUUCCGCAUGCUGGGUCUCGCGCUCUACACCGUGCCGCCGCUGCUCGCGCAGCCGGAGGAGGCCAUGGACUUCUGCCCGGGACGCGGCGGCGGCAGGGCACCAGUCGCCCAGGCGCCGGCGCCGGCUUCCUCUUCUCCAUUCUGGCGCCGCAGGCCAAGGCUCCUGCCGCCCGUCUGGCGAAAACCGCCAACGAAUUUGCCGCAGGAGCAGCCACAGGUGCCACAGGUGGUGGUGCCGCCGCCACCUCCUCCAACGGCACCAUCGCAGCAGGGCUCCGCCUGCACCUACGACAUGUGGGCGUCGCCGGAGCACCGCUGCCACUGGAAGGUGCUGACACCGAACACGACGGUGGCCAUGGCGUUCGGUCCCCUGGCGGCGCAGCGGUACGGGUCGGAGCUGACGCUAGGGGAGGCGCUGGAGGGGCGCGGGGACAUGUACCGGACGCUGCUCCGGGAGGCCACGGCGGCGCUGCUCAACGCCUACUACAACGCCCCCGGGGGACCCUUCCUGUACCCGACCACGGCCAGCGUCAUGGACCACAUGAACGGCGCGCUCCUCAGCUCCGGGCAGAGGGUGCUCCUGGAGGGCGCGCGCUUCCGCAGGGCCAACGCCGGCGGUGGCGGACCAGCCGGACGGACAAGGCUGCCGUGCGACUUCACGCCCUGCGGCAGCUGUGCGCCGCCGACUAGCUAGCUGAGCCUGGGAAAGUUGCACUCAUCUCAUCUGCCGUGCUACUGCUACGUGCCAGUGGAGGACUGGUCCACAUUUAUUUAUUACUCACUACUAAUAUGUGUUGUAUCUAUUUGAUUGAUGAUGCAAUCACCAUCCUUGAUGAAUGCUACUGUAUGUGCGAGCACGCAUCGACCCUCCUUUAGUAA